AUCAAGCAAGAACCCUCCUGCCAUUCCAUCAUUCAUGUACUGUACCACCACUGGGCCCCCCUUUGAAGUGUCUUGAGCAUCUCCUAUUUGGAGUUAUUUAGCUCCUCCCCUUCUGAGAUCCUGAGCAUCAGGAGCUUCUUACUGGUGGAAGGUUAUUCAAUUCCCAGCACAGACUGGCUAACUCUGAUCACUCAGGGCAUCUCUCAGCACAAGAGCUCACUGGAAGCAGGGUCUCUUUUGGGUCACCGGUUCAGCCCAGCUAGUUUGAUCGGAGUGUGUUGAGUGACACCGCCAGCAUGACCAAAAGCACUGGGGAGAAGCCGCGGUCGCGCAAUCGCGUGCAGCAGAUCCGAGAGGGAAUUCACCUGCGUUCCCUAAAGGCGAGGAAGAAAGUGGAGGACAUCACUAAAGAUGACGUGAAGAGCUUUCUGAGAAGAAAUGCUUUUGUGCUCCUCACCAUUGGAGCUGUGGUCUUUGGUAUCAUGCUGGGUUUUGUUUUGAGGCCAUAUAAAAUGUCAUACAGAGAAGUGAAGUAUUUCUCCUUUCCUGGUGAGCUAUUGAUGCGUAUGCUGCAGAUGCUAGUGCUUCCACUUCUAGUCUCAAGUUUGAUUACAGGCAUGGCAGCAUUGGACCGUCGCGCCUCUGGAAAGAUGGGCAUGCGUGCAGUCAUAUACUAUAUGACCACCACUUUCAUCGCAGUGUUCAUCGGCAUCAUUAUGGUUCUGAUUAUCCACCCGGGCAAAGGCUCAAAGGAUGAAUUCACUAAACAGCAGAAGAUCGAGCAGGUCAGCCCAGCCGAUGCCUUCCUCGACCUCAUCAGAAACAUGUUUCCUCCUAAUCUGGUUCAGGCCUGCACUCAACAGUUUAAGACCCAAUAUGGCAAGAGGGUCAUUCACGUGAAGAUGAUCGUAAACGAUUCGAUAUUCAACCUAACUAACGUCACCCAGGAGAUUGCCCAAGAGGAAGUGAUCCCUCUCCCGGGCACCACCAACGGGGUUAAUGCCCUCGGGCUGGUGGUGUUUUCAAUGUGCUUCGGCUUGAUCAUUGGGAAUAUGAAGGAACAGGGACAGGCUCUCAGAGACUUCUUCGACUCCCUCAACGAGGCCAUCAUGCGACUUGUUGCUAUUAUUAUGUGGUAUGCACCUAUUGGUAUCCUCUUUCUGAUUGCUGGAAAAAUCGUGGAGAUGGAUGACAUCACUGAAAUGGGCGGUCAGCUCGGCAUGUAUACGAUUACAGUGAUAAUCGGCCUCAUGAUACACGGCAUGAUCAUUCUGCCGACUUUGUACUUCGUCAUCACGCGGAAGAACCCCUUCAUCUUCAUCAUGGGUUUGCUGCAGGCCCUCAUCACGGCUCUUGGUACCUCUUCCAGCUCAGCCACUCUUCCGGUUACAUUCAAAUGCCUUGAGGAGAAUAACAAAGUCGACAAACGCGUGACUCGAUUCGUGCUGCCUGUUGGAGCCACAAUCAACAUGGAUGGAACAGCGCUGUAUGAAGCCCUGGCAGCCAUCUUUAUCGCCCAGGUUAACAACAUGGAUAUGAACUUUGGGCAGAUCAUAACCAUUAGCAUCACAGCGACUGCUGCAAGUAUCGGGGCGGCCGGAAUCCCUCAGGCUGGUCUGGUCACCAUGGUGAUUGUGCUGACCUCUGUCGGACUCCCAACCGAUGACAUCACCCUCAUCAUUGCAGUUGAUUGGUUCCUUGAUCGACUUCGCACAACAACUAACGUCCUGGGAGAUUCUAUAGGAGCUGGAAUCAUAGAGUUCCUGUCCAAAGAUGAGCUUCAGAACGCCGAUGUGGAGUUGGGGAGCUCAGUGCUGGAGGAGAAUGAAGUGAAGAAACCUUAUCAGAUGAUCCCUCAGGAGAACGAAUAUGAGAAUGAGAAACCACCAGACAGUGAGACCAAGAUGUAGAGGAUGCAUAAUCAACCCCCAACCAAGGAUUUUGUGUGUGUUUGCGUUUGUAUAUGUACAGUGGCCCUAAAAAUAUAUGAACACUUAAGAUGCACUUAAAAAUAUAAGAAGUUCAUUGCUUUUUAAUGAGAAAAUAUCAAACUAAAUGGCAUUUAUUUCAAAGAAAUAUAGUAUAAGCAUGGUAUUUAAGCAUUUGGACACUUUCUGGUUGUCAAACUUAGAAUAAUGUUCAUAAUUAUGGAUAUGAACUACACUUAACUUCAUGCAUUCACAAAAAUGACUAAAAAAGUGAAGUCAGUUUUGAGAAAAGCCCCAAGUUGCUGCUUGGUUUGAUAUUUAGCGAUCUAUGCAAUAAAAUUCAUAAGUUUUUGAAGUGUUUAUUAAGUGUCCAAAUAUUUUAGGGGGCGUUGUAUAUGUAUAUUUAGUUUUGUUUUUGAAUAUUUCUUUUUCAAACUUCUUUUGACCUUUUACUGUAAUUUGGUUCUUGUGCUUUUGUCUCCUGUCUGCAGGUCAUACCGAUUGUUAAAUUGAUUUGGCAGGAGAGUUUUACCUUGACAAAAAUAUAUAAUAAUCAUUUUUUGUAUUGCUUUUUCAUUAUUUUAAUAAUUAGCUGAAAUGUGAAUCUAUGUGGAAGGCAUUGGUAUGUUGUGACCAGCGUUUGUUACAUGCGCUAUAAUACAAGCAGCAAGAUUUAAACCUUAAGAGUGUCAAAAUGAACAGGGUCAUGACUGUACACAGAACUGAUUUUUAAGCAGAAAUGAAUGUCAGUAAAUUAUUCAUUUGAUGAACAGACAGAAGUUCAUUACACUUUGUUUAAUGAACAAGUUGAGUAUGACAUGGGCAGGAUUCCAAGAUUAAAUACUGUUGGGCUCUGUGUAUAAAGUGAUCAUCUAAAAAUGGAGUAUAAAAUAUGUCAAACUGUAAAUAUCAAGAGAAAAUUAUGUUUAGCUUUGAAAGCUGCUUUACACAUCUUUAUGUAUGAGAAGACUGAGUGUUUCAGCAGCUAUUACAGCAGAUAUUUGAGUUUUCUCAGCAGCUCCGCACAACUAAUCCUAACUGAACACACACAUACUUAUGCGUUUAUGAGAUUUUUUUAUUCUGCUGUAGUUCAUCCACUGACCCUUUUUAUUGCCAUUUGCUAACAUUAACGAUAAAUAGAAAUAUGUAGCUGCUACUGAUUAUUGUAGGAAAUUGGACUGAAUGUUUACAGUCCUACGGUUGCAAUGACAUACAGAACUGAGUCAUUCUGAAAACUGUAAAUCUUUUGAAAACAUGCUAUAGACACAGGUUGGACUCACAUGUACUCAGCUGGAAACUGUGAUCUUUUAUUUGUUUGCCUUUAAAAAAAAAUGCUUAGUUUUUUUCAUGUUGCUGUAUAUUUCCUGUCAAGUCCAUAAAAAGUAAAAUGGGUGAUUAGAACUAUAGAAUAAAGAGCAUACGGAUGUUGUGUGUUAAAUAUAGUUUUGAAUAAAAUGGAGAGUGGCGAUGCA